AGAAAAGAUAGUCAGUCGUUCGAUAUCAGUACUUGAGAUAGUAUUUUGUGCGGUCAAAUGGAUGUUAUGUGAUUACAAACGAUUAAAAUUAUUAUCUUGAGUAGGCGUUAUUGAAUUUCUAUAAAUUCUAAACAGUUUUUCGUUUUUAAUUUGGUUGAAAGAACUCCAGUUUUUGAGAAAUACAAGUUUUAUUUUGACAGCCUAGUUCAUUGACAUUUUCAGAGGAAGUGCAGCUCAAGUUUUUUGAAACUGUUGAACACUUGAGUUGAAUUGUUAAUGAAAACGUGUAAUUUUUCAAUUUCGUCAGUUAGUCAUAGUUUUGGGUUGUGUUUAAUCUGUGUGCGUGUGGUUGUCAAUUUAUUGUAGUUAAUUUUUUAUAGGUUAUCAAACUAACCUAGUUCAGAGUAUUUCAUAAUGCAGUUGAUGCUACAGGAUCAAACGUAAUUCUUAUUUAUUUUGUAUAUUUGAGAAAAUAAUCAUGAUGCCAACAAGGAAAAAAUAAUCAGCAAUAAUGCUGUCAGUAUUGGAAGAGGAAACUGACAUCUACGAGGUAUUCCCACCUCAUGUUGACACCAGUGGAAUCACAAUUCACUGUGAGAGUCCCAGUGGGAAAAAGGUUCCGCUUAAAACUUACAACGAAAUUCAAGUUCUACUUGAGUCUGGUAAGAAAAGAGAAGUGAAACAAAUUUUGAGAGAGAAUUGUUGGCCGACCAACAGCACCAUUCGAUCUCAAUUGUGGCCGAGCCUUUGCCAUCAACAUGCUCUCGAUAAGUCUAUGCAGGAAGGAUUCUACUGGGACCUCGUUAAUCAACUAUUUGGAACAACAGAGCUGCCGGAAAAGCCGAUCCUGCUGCCGCCUUUUGUGGACGCGACUCGCAAGCUGAGCUACCACCUGAACCGCAAGGGACGCAAUGUCACCGACCGCGUCGUCUGUGUGUUGGGCUUCGCCUGCCCCGACAUCACCUACUCGCCCGCCGUCUAUCCCAUUGCCGCACUCCUGCUCCACUUCAUGUCAGAGGAGGAAUGCUACAACAGUUUGGCCACUCUUGUUGCUUCCAACAAAGACAAAGUCUUUGUUACUCAAACCAAACUACUAUACGAAGUUACUUGGAAGACUGUCAUGCAUAUUGCCAAAAAACAUGUGAAAUCUGCAACCAAUCACCUGCUGAGGUCCUGUUCCCCAUCUUCCAAGGCUGAGAGAAUUUUUUGUGAUUGGAUGUGGUGGAUUCUUCAGGGCUUACCAUUUACUCAUCUAGUGAGGGUGAUGGACUGCUACCUGCACGAGGGCAUCAAAGUGUUCUACCGGGUAGCCAUGGCCAUUCUCAACCUGUUCUACAAGUACUCGUCCAACCAGAACUCCGAGUGGAUGAAGGAGAUUGUCAGUCAUGGAUAUGACGCUACGCUGGCCAAAUUCUGUCGGCAAAUUCCAGUUAGUCCAAGAAAAGUGCUGCGGGCAGCGUUUGGGAUCCGAGCGCUGUCGACCGCCUACAUUCAGCGGGUUUUCCUGAAGACUGAAAUGACGCUGAAGAGUCAGCAGAACAUAAUGGGCAGCCAGCGUCAGCUGUCGCGAUCGCGCUCCAGCGAGAAUCUGCCGACGUCGCAGUCGCAGGCCGACAUAUCCAUGAUGUCACACACCCUCACCAUCAGAGAGGAAUCUCCGAGGAGCCUGAAAGCCAGGUUGAGGACACGGACUGGCGCUUUGAGUUCAUUGUAUUACCCAGAGCUGUACUACUCUCAUUACGCGUCAGAAGGAGCUGAUAUGGCUGAGUGGGCUAAGGCGUUGGUCCACUGGGGUAAGACCGAGCUGUUUACACUGUGGUCAUGGCUACCCGAACGCAUCACCAUGUACCAGCCUGUGCUGCUCUACACCACCGAGGAGCAUGGUUGUAGUCUGACCACCUUCUAUUUGCGCGUUGAACAGCACGAGCCUACUUUGCUCAUGAUCAAGACUUGCAGCAACGAGGUGUUCGGGGCGUACUGUUCAACCCGGUGGCAGGAGCGCAACGUGAAGGACGAGCGAGGCAACCGCAUGGCCUACUUCGGCACGGGCGAGACCUUCCUGUUCAGCCUCUACCCCGAGCGCAACAAAUACCCCUGGGUGGGCAUCCAAGAGAAUUCCGUUAACCAUUCCGCUGAGCUGUUCAUGGCUGCUGAUUCAAAGAUGAUAACCAUUGGAGGAGGAGAAGGGCAAGCCAUCUGGAUGGAUGAGAACAUCAGGUUUGGGAAGAGUGAUCACUGCCUGACGUUCAACAACCCGCCACUCUGCUCCGGCCGCGACUUCGAGAUCAGGGUGCUCGAGGUCUACGGAUUCGGUGGCGUCUGAUCUCAUCCCAUCUGCCACCGCCUGCGGCUGCGUCUGCGUCUGCGGCUGCGUCUCCGUCUGCGGCUGCGGCUGAACUUAUCUUCUGUUCUCCUUAUUGUAGCUUCUACAGCCAUUACAUCAACUGGUUCAUAGGUCAACAUUGUUUCAAAAACAUUCAAUAAAUCUUUUGAAUUCCCAAUAGAAAUUUCUACCUUGUAUCCGAACUACUAUUGAUUGGUUGGUGUUAAUGUCGGAGACUGUGUAAUUGUUUUUUUUCAAAUUGAAGAGAAUUAGCAAAAAUAUCAAGGUGAAGCUUUUGAUGUAUCAUAUUAUAUUCAAUAUAAUGGAAAUCUCCACUCAUACUAUGCUUUAUAUUAGUCAAAUAUUUUGUAAAUAAUGUGGUCUACAUUCCAAGAAUGAGGAGCACGUUUUUAAAGUUUAAAUUAACAUACUUUUUACUAUCGAUAAGGUUGGAACGGUUUAUUCAAUUCUAUUACAAAUUAGUAACCAGUUUUGUUGAAGAAGUGAUGGCUGUUGAAAAUGGCUGAUCAGCACCUACAGAAUCGUCGAACAUGAGUUUAGUUCCUUCCUCAAUAUUUUUAUCCCAAAGAUUCGCUUUUAUUCUAUUAUAUGCAUCGUAAUCGUAAUGUGUUGACAUUUAUAUUAUAUUAAAACUAUUGUUAUCGUUGUUGUUCUAAUUUUGAUGUAAUGGGGGGCUCAAAUGUUUCUCUUUUCCACAUGAAAAUCUAUUCUUCAUCUAUUCUUCAUCUUUCAAUAUCUAUGUAUAACUUUUCUACCGGUUUGAUUAUUUUACUUCACAUCAGAUUUCACAAUGUAUUAUUAAUAUCUAUUAAUUUCCAAUAUCGAGUUUUUAGUAAAAUAUUAUGAAACUCUGUUGUCUAUGGUAUUUGGUAUGUUAUUUUAGUUUGGCUGAUAGUUUUAGAUGGCCGUAUUAGUAGUUACCCGAAGUUGCUUUCCAAGUUACCAUUAUUUUGUGAAAGCUCCAAGUGAAGACAAGUCACAUUAUCAACUGCCUGUGAAUAAUUCUCUGCUAUUGAUACACGUUUCUUUUUCUUGAACUUGAGUAUACGCUUUAGUUAUCUUAUGUUGAUUUUAUAAAUCUUUAUAUUGUUAUUAUUUUUCACAUCUCUUGUUACAGAAUAUAUUUCUUCUCAACUAUAUUCUCAAAUCAGAAGAUAAAAAUGUAGAUUUUGUGAAUCUAUUACGAAGUUCAGCUAGAUCAUGUGAUGAUUAUAUCUUGGAAGAUUUUUGUUACUAGCUUACAAUCUUAGAAUUUAUUUUUCUAUUUUGUUUCAUUAAUAUGAGCAUUAUUCGUGAUUGUUAUUUCUUAGGUUUAUCAAUUCAGAUAAUAAUAAUUAUCAAUUGAACAGUAUUGUAAUUGUAAAUGUAUGCAUGCAAAUUUAUUUCAUUAAUGAAAAGUGUUAGUUAGGCUCUCAUAUAUUCAUCGAGUCUUCCCAAAUUAAUUGUAAAUAAAUCAAGUUUUAUACUUAUUAUUUAGUAUUUUGUAAAUAUAUUUUGUAUUAUUUAGUGAUUAAAUUGUAUAAAGACUUAUUGAAAGAAUUUUGAGCUUUACAGUCGCCAAGCUCCAUCAGAACUAAAAGAGGAUUUAUUAGUGAGAUAUUAGUAGAAUUGAGGUGGAAACUGCACAAUUAUUUUCCUUGAUGCAAGCAAGCAUGGAAAAAUGUACGUUUUUUUUAUUAAACUAUGGCUUUAAUUUGAAAACAAUUGUUACAAUUUUUAUUUUUCAAGAUAAAAGAGAAUAUUUUUCAUUAUUUUCAAUUAAAAAUAAUCUUCUCUGGUGUCCCUAAAUAACAUUAGAUUGCUUUAAAAUUAUGUACAUCCACGAAAAGGUUAUAAAAAUGAAUUUCAACUCAUGCAAUAAUUUUUCAUUUGAUUUCCUUUCCUAAAGAAUUUCUUCAAGGAAUUGAUUAUACACUAUUAACUAUUAAUUAAGUAAGGUAAUAUUAUAUUUCGAAUUCUUCAUUGAAAUGCUUAUCCGAUAAAUUAAGUUGAAUUAUACAGACAACUCAAAUUAUUGAUGUUUGAUCCUAUUAAAUUUCAAAACAUAUCAUAAAAGCUAGUAUUUUAUAGAUGUUUUACAUAAAAAAAUUUUCAGUAGUUAAUAAAAAUUCCAAGCAUUUCACGCCAAGAAGCAUUUACUGAUUCUAUUUUUCAAUCGAACCUAAGUUUUAGUUUGAAACAUUUUACUAUUUCAUGAUACUUUUCAAACUUGGGAUGAAGUUUGAUGUAUCAUCAGCGAAAUGAUAUGAUUCUGCAGGAGUGAAACUGACGACUAUUUUUAAAUGCUAUCAACUCACAGAUAACAUAAUUACUUCAUAACUCAUGUUCGUUGUGAUCCUCUAGAAAAACUGUUUCACUCUUCUUAAAGUUCUAUAAAAUAAUAUAAAAGAGCAAUACAAGAUUUCAAUCAUUAUUGGUGUUAUCAUCAUGGCACUUGAAUCCUUGUUAGCGUGGCACUUGGUGUUUUCAUUGCGAUGAUUUGAAUCCUCUAAUAAACCAACGAAGGUAAAUGUAAUAGAAGCUUAUGAGUUGGUAAGUAAACUCUUAUUAAUCUACUUUUAUUCAAUAAUCUUGAUAUCACAAAUUUUAUGGUCAGUCAAUAAUAAUAUUCUCUACAAAUGUAUUAUUCAAUGGUAAUUAUGUCUCAAUAUAUUCUAUUUGCAACUGUCCAUCAAAAUCAAUUUCUCUAGCAUUAUGAAUUUCCAUUUACUAUGGUUUUGAGAUCAGUAUAUAAUAUAAUAUUAUCUUUUUGAAUGUAUCAAUUAGAAACACCAAAUAAACGUUAUUAGUAUAAUAUUGUUGAUGUUGUUUGAUGUUUAGAUAGUCGUGAAUAACGUAGUUAUCAAUAUAGAGCGAAUCUUAGAGUAUGUAGUUUUGAAAUUAAUUAGACCUUUUAGGUAAAUGAUAAUAAUAAUUAUAUAAAUAAUUAUAAUAUUAUAAUAUUCAAUGUGAUUCCAGUUCAAUGAUUUUGCCAUUGAGAAGUAAUGAAUUAGCCAUUUGUGGUAACUUAUCGUUCAACUAUUGAAUGAUAUUCAAUUGAUCUUAUCUUGAAUAUUAAACUCGAUUGACUCGAUUCACCGAUCUUAAGCUGCAUCACAAAAUAAUUAGCAAGCCAUGAUUGCAUUAUCAUGGAUUGAUUAGCAUUAUCAUGAUUAGUGAAACAGAAUUACAUAAAAGUGUGGCAAACAUACACUAAUUACCGUACAGGUACUAGCUUUACGGCCCACAGUAUAAUGGUGAGUUCUGGUGACAUUUUUUUUUUAAUUCACGAAAGAUUCAUUGUUAUCACUUAGAUAUAACAAGAAUAAUGAUUAUAAAAAUAAGCAAAUGUGUACAUUCAAUUCUGGAAACGCAACCAUAACAUUCCAAAAUCCAAACUUCUACAUUUCUGGAGCAUACCAUUUCCAACUCUCUCCUAUUCACUCUUUCUUUUCCUCUACAUUUCAUUUGUGGAUCGCCAUCUUCAUCUCAAUAAUUAUGUAGAAAUAAUGUCCAUGAUUCAUGUAAAACAUAGAAGUAUUGCAGUAAGAAACUUACAAUAAAAUGUGCAGUCUUACAGAAAGCAAAUGUUUUGAAAUAUGUUGGACUAUUUUCCGUAUCAAUUACCUAUCAAUGACAAACUCCUGUAUUUCGAUCUGAAUGCAAAUGAUAAUCUGGGUUUGCUGCCAAAUUUAUAAUAAUUAAACAUUUUAAUGAACAGGUAGGCCUGUAGGACUUAGUCCCGGAUUGACCAUGAAUCUUUGAUCAUUUCCCCAACCUUUGCUUUGUGAGAAAACUAUCUGUAAAAAUAAUGAUAAAUGGAUUCAAGUAUUUAGUGAAUAUCACUCUCUCUAUACUGUAUCUAUAAUGUUAAUUCAAAGAAAUUAGAAAUAUACUGAAAUACUAGAAAUUGUGCAAUGAUGUUUGUAAGAGUAGAAUUUUAUGUACGAAAAAUUUGGUGAUGAACUUUAUACCAUCUUCAAUAAAUUAUCUUACUAUUUUAUAACAAUGUUCAAAAACUUAUAUUAUCUGAAUUUCAUACUGAUGCUACAUAGCUGUCUCUAGUUUAAUAAAAAACUUAACCUGGAUAAUAUUCUACAAAUGGAUAGAAACUGUAAAAACUUGUUCUCUAGUAGAUUUUAUGACUGCUAUUAUUAUUUCUACUGUAUUGAAUAAAUUAAUUAUUUUUCAAAAUUACUCUAAUUGGGUUAUUUUUUGUAAUUAUUAAAAUAAUAUUAAAUCCAUAAAGUUUUGUAUGCAUUGGUAUAGAUCACAUUAGAUAAACUUAGAAGAAUGAAUAGGGUAAAGUCUACCAUCUUUAUGACAAUAGAAAUUUAUACACUGCCGAAUGUGUUAAGAUUGAUAUUGAUCUUUUGCGAUCGCAUAAUAAUGGUAUUAAUUAGAAAAUAAUGAGUGAGUUUUCUGAUUUUUGAGAAUGUUUUUUCAAUUGCAUAAUAUGAUACUUUGUAUGUUAUUAUUAUUGAAAAUUAAAACUACUAUUAUCUAUCAAUUAACUCGAAAUAUGAUUUCAACUUCGCAAAUUUUGUAUUGCUUAUAUUUUGGAAAUUACUAGAUAAUACUUUUUUGAAUGGUUUAAAUUCAGAGUUUUUAAAAAGUCUUUCAACCUUAAAUUUAAUGCUCUUAGCAGGGAACAAUUGCAUUGUAGUUGAAAAUAUCUAGCGAAAUUAUUCAUAAUUGUUAGUAAGUGUGUGGUAAGUGAUUUAGAAUUACUGUAUUGUAGUUUCAUUCAAAGUAUUUAUGUAUCAAUCUCCAUGAAAAUGCAAUGGAGUUAUUUAUUGAAAAUACUUUCAUCGAAUUAUUGUGAAAUGUCAUUUUUAUGUUACAACAGUUGCAAUAUAUAGCUAUUCAUAAUGCGAGUAUAACCCAAUUUUCAGGAAUAGAUUGUAUAAAAUUCUUGAAAGACAGAAAUCAUUAAGCUUAAGAUGGAAAGAUGAGUCAAAUGUUUGUUGUAUCCUAUUCAAUGUGUAAUCUUGAAAAUAAACGUGUAAUUACAAUA